UUGCAACCCUGCAGACUGGCAAGGGUUCAUCUCUACGAACCAAGGCUGGAGGCCCGUGUCGCCGAGGGUGUGCGUGAUGGCAAGCUGCGCUUUUUGCACCGUGACGAGGUGGACGAGCCGCUGGGCGCCGCCGCUGUCAUUGCCACCGGAACGCCGCCGACGGAGAGUGGCGCCGCCGACCUUAGCCAGGUCAAAUCGGCCGUGGGCUGGAUCAAGGCCAGGCAGCCCCGGGAUCUGGUUGUGGUGAUGAAGAGCACCGUGCCGCCCGGCGUCGGCCGGCGCCUGUUGCACAACGACUUGCGAGGCACAGACAUCCGCUACGCCUCGAAUCCCGAGUUUCUGCGCGAAGGGCGGGCGGUGGCCGACUGGGACGCUCCUGACCGCAUCGUCAUCGGAGCCGAGCCGGGUGAUGACCGCGCUGUCGCCGUCGUUAAGUGCAUGCACGACGGCAUCGACGCGCCGCACAUGGUCACCGACAUCACCAGCGCCGAAAUGGUCAAGUACGCCAGCAACGCUUUCCUCGCCACGCGCAUCUCCUUCAUCAACGAAAUCGCCCUGCUGUGCGACCGCAUCGGCGCCUCCAUCGACGCCGUCAGCGAGGGGCUGGCGAUGGACGCGCGCGCCGGCGCCCGCAUCUACGCUGGGGUGGGUUACGGCGGCUCGUGCUUUCCCAAGGACGUGCGCGCCCUGGAUUACCUGGCGCUGACCAGCGGCGUGAGCGUCGAUCUGCUGCGCUCGGUCAUCAACGUCAAUAACCGCCAGCGCAUGCUGCCGCUGUAUGCUCUGCGUCAGCGCCUCAACGGCGCCCUGAGCGGCGUGCGCGUGGGCGUUCUGGGGCUGGCAUUCAAGCCGGAAACGGACGACGUGCGCGACGCGCCGUCGCUAUCGCUCAUCCGAGAACUGGUGGACGAGGGCGUGCAGGUAAUGGCAUUUGACCCGCAGGCCAACGACACCGCCUGCCGUCAGUUGCCCGCUGUCGUGCGUAUGACCGAUAGCCCCGUCGAAGCUGCCGAGCAGGCGCAAGCGGUGGUUCUGCUCACCGAAUGGCCGCAGAUCGUCCGCGCUGAAUGGCCGCGCAUCGCGGCCGCCAUGUACCCACCCCGCCUUCUGUUCGAUGGCCGCAACGCCCUGGACGCCGAUGCCAUGCGGGCGCUGGGCUUCGAGUAUGCGGGCGUCGGGCGCAAGGGUCUGCCUAUCCAAUAA